AUGUCUGCUAUAACUAUCAAUUCAAUCAAUAAAUCUCCUUCCUCUGCUAUCAUAUUCAUUCAUGGUCUUGGUGACUCUGGUAAUGGCUGGAAAUUCCUAGCUGAUAUUCUCCAAGGCGAAAAAUCAAAUAAUAAAUUCAACCAUAUUAAAUUCAUCUUUCCUAAUGCUCCAACCAUCCCAUUAACUGUUCAAAAUGCUAACAAAAUACCAUCAUGGUUUGAUAUCUAUGAAAUGGGGUCAAUCAAUGCAAAGGACGAUACAAAGGGCUACUUGAAUUCGAUCUCGACCAUAAAUAAUCAUAUCGAUUCUUUAAUCAAAGAUGAUAAUGUUCCUUCAAAUCGAAUUUUACUUGGUGGUUUCUCGCAAGGUGGUUCAUUAACUUUAUCUCAAGUUAUCCUAAGUAAACAUAAGUUGGCUGGUUUUAUUUCAUGCUCAGGUUUUGUUAAAAUUAUUCCAGAAUUAUUGAAAUACAAAUCCACCGAUAAUAUUAGCAAGAGUAUUCCAAAUGUUGAUACUGAAAUUUUACAAUUUCACGGGAUAAAUGAUAGAAUGAUUAGUUUUAAAUAUGCUCAACAAUCUUAUGAUUUUUUUAAAAAUGAAUUUGCUUUGCCAAAUUUAAAAUUCAUUCCAAUUGAUGGAAUGGGUCACCAAGUUGUUAAUGAACAGUUGAUUGAAAUUGUUAAAUUCAUUGAAAAGACUCUACCACCUCUUGAUUCUGAUCCAAAUUAUAAAUCAAAUUUGUAA